AUGGAAAUGGAUGGGGAAAGUUUCUCUAAUGUCACUUUUUCGGAUUUAACUUACGGGACAGUUUAUGAAGCGAACUACACAAACUACUCGACAGAGGCCGAACUACCCGGCUAUAUUUUCUGGUAUGUUACCAUAGCUAACCUGUGUAUAUUUAUUGUUGGGGUUGUCGGCAACAUCUUGGUGCUCACCGUUAUCAUACGCAACAAGAAAAUGCGCACGCACAUGAACUGUCUAUUGUGUAACCUAUGUAUUGCGGAUCUCCAGGUGUUACUUAUAUGCCAGCCGGCAGGUAUGGUGGAGUUUUACGGAAAAGAUCGUUGGUAUCUAGGACCCGUCAUGUGUAAACUGGUACCACUGUUUGAGAACGCGUCUUUGAAUGCCUCCGUUCUAACGUUAUGGGUGAUAAGUUGUGAACGCUACCAAGCAAUAUGUCGUUCCCUCAAAAACAACAUCUGUCAGCUAGCAAAGAAUGCCGGAAACUGUGUACUUCUCAUCUGGGCGUGCGCCUACUUACUCUCGCUUCCGUUUUUCUUUAUGACGUACCAUGAGACGGCGUCGUUUUACGACGGCACGGAAGUGAUGGUGUGUCGUACUCAUGUAAACGAGUUUUGGCACUUUUUCUACGUCACAGCCAUGACGGUUGUAUUCUUUCUUUUACCACUUGUGAUCUUACUAUUUAUGUACUGUGCUAUCAUUAGAAAAAUCUUUCUGACACAAUCACCGGAUGAAAAUCCGCCAAGUCGUCAGCGGAAACAGGCCAUUUUGAUGAUUAUAGGAGUUGUUACUUUAUUCUUCGUGUCACUGGUGCCAAUCAGGACGGUUACAAUGUGGAUUGUCUACUACUCCUCGAACGACGACAAACGACAACUGGGAUUCGAGACUUACACCAAUUUUAUCUGUUUAGCUAGAAUAAUGUUAAACGUAAACAGUGCUGGGAAUCCUAUCAUAUAUGGACUUGUGUCCUCUAGAUUCAGGAUGGCAUUCCGCAAUAUUGGAGCUUGUGGAAGGCGGUCUUCAAACAAUGAGCAAUCAAAAUUUCCUACAGAAAUAUCAACUUCUAAACAUAACCCAAGAGUUUUCAAAAUGGAAAGGAAAAAAGUUUCGUUUGGUACUAAUGUAUGA